CGAUCGCGCAAACAGCUCGCUUUUCCGUUCGUUCGGUCUGGCUGCGACGUCACAAAGUAGGCCGUCCGCAAGAUUUGUGAGAACGGGAGGGAGAGCACAGCCAAUAAACGAGCGAGCCCAGCCCCGGAAGUUUGCGUCACCAGUUUGAGCUUCGAUCGGGGACGAUACAUUAAGUGCAGAAUGUUUGCGAUGCUUUAAUAAUUAAACACGUAAUAUAAGAAAAAGAUUCUUACUGUUGCAACAUAUAAUCUGCCUCGGAAAUCUCAUGCGAGAGCAGAAAACUAAUUUAAGCGGCAUAUAUUUUGGUUUAGUCCGCUAGGUGGUAUCGCACACGUCAAAACAAAUUGGCGGGAGCGCGCAGUUCAAUUGCAAAAUCGCUGUUCGUCAGUUGCCAAAAUGUCGUCGCACAAGAACGUCAAGCUUGGCCCUCACGUGUCGCCACACCAACGUGAACUGUUGGUGGCGUUUAUGGAGGGCCAUCCCUAUCUUGUGCGGGCAUCGUGUGCACUCACACCGGAGUGCACGGUGGAGCGGAGGCGGCAGCUUUGGAGUGAGCUCGCCGCCCUGCUGAACACUGAGGGCCCGGCCGCCAAGACAGCCGAACAGUGGCAGGUCUUUUGGCGGAAAGAAGUAUUUCUUUCCCGCCGAGAUGCCGCCACAGCUUCCGCAAGUCAAAGCGGCACGGGUGGUGGCCGUCUGCCCGGCCUUCGUGGCCGUAUCAUCGCCCUAGUGGGCACCUCCACGGUGACCGGAGUGUGCGAGGCUUUUUACCAACCACUCGACGAGCCCGCCAUGGAGGUGACCGUGGAAUCUGUGGGCACCACCGCAGGAACCAGUGGCCUUUCACGUGAAGGAGCACUGCAGCAGCCAGGAGUGGGCCCUGUUGAGCCACUGCCCCGAAGCCCUCCAGCCACUGCACAGCCUGCAGCUGGCCCUGGCGGAGUGAGAAACAGUAAGUGA